GCACAGCUACAGUUUUGCUUUGCGACUGUAACUGAACUGGCGGCGGAUACCAGCCUGCAUUUCUCGCUCGGCUUCCAGUUGCUCUGUAAGGAAUGAAGAGACUUGUUGAAAUGGAAAGAUGUACUGAUUUUGUUGAAAGAAAGAAAGAAAGAAAGAAAGAAAGAAAGAAAGAAAGAAAGAGAACGAACGGAUAAGCCAGUGUCACUCUCAAGGGCUGAGUGCUCAUUCCAAUUCUCUUGUACUGCAUAUAUAAACAUUUUUGGACCAGUCACCGGGAGUUACUUUUGAUCCUUAAGCUUUACUGUUGUCUCAUUUAUAUUUUGAAAGAAGGGUUUUACGCAGCACGUUCAUCGAUGACAAUAUUUUUGGAGUUGCUCAUUAACCAGCGCUGUCGGACGCAAUGGAACAUUUCCUGGAACAGAAGCAUUCAGUUAUCUCUCUGUGGGGAGGGUACUCGGCUUCCGGAGCCCACUCGAACUCAUUCAGAACUCGAUUGAAACCGCAGCUCCAUUACUCUGCCUCUCUGCUUGUUCAUCUACUUUCGCUUUGAGAAGCCCUCACCUUCUCCUAAGAUUACAACGCCCACAUUACAGCGGAGGGAUCAGGUUUCUCUAUGAAAGAGCUGCAAAUUUUGCCAUUGUUACUUAUUACCUGAGCCCGAGGAAUGUAUGAGAAAGGGGAGUGGUUGACAUAGUCAGCAAACACCACUUCCCAGCCCUGUCCCGUAACGUCACUGAUACCGGCCUUUGAGGGGACGUCGAUGGCUUUUGUUUUCCUUACGCAUAACUUUAAUUCUGUAGUUUUGAGCCAACUUCCGGACUUCCCGACAUUGACUUAAAAGUGGAUAUACAUCCUUUCAGUACGGUGUCCGAUUAAACGAAAAAUAAAAUGAACGACGGCAAAGAAGUGGAAAUGCAGAUAAUGCCUGGCACCCAAGUGUACAAUGGACAGGAUCAUGGGAGCAACAGUGAUGAAUGCAUUCCAUUGCAAAGUAUGGAUUUAGAUACCAGAACAUUACCUUUGGAAACAACUAAUUCAUUGUCUAUUAACUGUGAAGCUGAAUCUCACCAGCCUAUAUCAAACAGAGGAAAGAAAAGAUGCUAUUCAAAGAGUAAAUUAGUCUGCUGGAAGCUGAAGCUGUGGCAUACUAUUUUAUUGAUCAUUCUACUGUUCCUCCUGGCAAUUGUGAUUAGCCUUGUCCUGUAUUCUGUGGUUUAUGAGGAUGAAGAUGAAAAGUUUGAUAAGCAAUCUUAUAUAACACCUCAUAAUUACAAUGGUACACUUAGAGUAAUUAACUGCCAAGGUUCAACAGAAUCACCUCAGCAUCAGUUUGAGAGCACCUGCAUUUCACAGCAUCUGAGAGAUAUGCUACUGAAGUUGUACAGAUCUUCUCCUCUUUUGGGUCGCUAUUUUGUAGAUGCUUAUUCACUACCAAAUGGAACUAAUGACACCAUUGCAUACUACAGGCUACAGUUUCAAGUACCAGAAGAAAACACACUGCUGCUUAAAUAUACACUAAAUGAAGAAGUUGUGGUUAAUAUUUUUAGACAACAUUUAUAUGAUCAGGAGUUUGAGGAAAACAGGGUCUUAGUUAUAGACCCUGCUUCACUGUCCAUCCAUGUUGCUGAUUGAACCAAGACACAAUGUCUUUUAUUUAGGUACAUUACUAUAGUGUGUGGACCUUGUGGAUUCAAGGCAUUUCAGCUUUUGAGGAAAAUCAACGGCCAGAAAAGACUUAAUUUAUUGGUAAACUGAAAUGAAACAUUAUGUUUCAAGUAUGCACCAAAGAACUGUAACUCCAAAGAAAUGAUCAUCUUCAUCAUCAUUGUCCAAAGACUGAGAAGUUUUUGUUAGUGCCAGUGUAUUUCUUUUUAUUAUAUUUUUAAUACCACUGGAAAAUAAAUUAUUGAAUGAUGUGGACCAAGAUUACUACUGGACAGAUCUAGUAAUAUGUGUCAUUAACUGUGAAAACUGUACAUUUUUAUUGUUUAUUAGUAUUUGUAUAUGUGUCUUUUUAAAAAUCACUUCAUUGUGUAUCUGGCAGCAGAAAUUAUAUAUUAUUGUAGAUCUUACCUUGUUAUUUGUGAUUUUUAAGAAACAGGUCUGACUCUGUGUUAUGUCAUUUAUUUUAAGCUAUUGCUGUAUAUACAUAUCUAUCUAUCUAUCUAUCUAUCUAUCUAUCUAUCUAUCUAUCUAUCUAUCUAUCUAUCUAUCUAUCUAUCUAUCUAUCUAUCUAUCUAUCUAUCUAUCUAUCUAUCUAAUAAUAUAUUAGGCCUUGGAAAGAUAACACAUUUAUUUUGCUGAUUAAUGUGGCCUGUUUAAUGCGUUAAAAAAAUAUACAGUAAUCCCUCCUCCAUCGCGGGGGUUGCGUUCCAGAGCCACCCGCGAAAUAAGAAAAUCCGCGAAGUAGAAACCAUAUGUUUAUAUGGUUAUUUUUAUAUUGUCAUGCUUGGGUCACAGAUUUGCGCAGAAACACAGGAGGUUGUAGAGAGACAGGAACGUUAUUCAAACACUGCAAACAAACAUUUGUCUCUUUUUCAAAAGUUUAAACUGUGCUCCAUGACAAGACAGAGAUGACAGUUCCGUCUCACAAUUAAAAGAAUGCAAACAUAUCUUCCUCUUUAACGGAGUGCGCGUCAGAGAGAGAAAAGCAAACAAAUCAAAUAGGGCUGUUUUAAGUAUGCGAAACACCGCCGGUACAAAGCUGUUGAAGGCGGCAGCUCACACCCCAUCCGUCAGGAGCAGAGAGAGAGAGAGAGAGAGAGGACAGAUAAAAAAAUCAAUACGUGCCCUUUGAGCUUUUAAGUAUGCGAAGCACCGUGGAGCAUGUCCUUCAGGAAGCAGCUGCACACAGAAGGUAGCAACGUCCCUAUCGUCUAUGUGUGCGAACAGCCCCCCUGCUCACACCCCCCUACGUCAGCGCAAGAGAGAGAGAGAGAGAAAGUAAGCUGGGUAGCUUCUCAGCCAUCUGCCAAUAGCGUCCCUUGUAUGAAAUCAACUGGGCAAACCACCUGAGGAAGCAUGUACCAGAAAUGAAAAGACCCAUUGUCCGCAGAAACCCGCGAAGCAGCGAAAAAUCCGCGAUAUAUAUUUAAAUAUGCUUACAUAUAAAAUCCGCAAUGGAGUGAAGCCGCGAAAGGCGAAGCGCGAUAUAGCGAGGGAUCACUGUAGUUGUUAAAAAAUAUUGUCUCAGGCAGUGCUAUGGUCAGGGUGGCAUAUUCAUGGGUUUUGUUUUUUUUUUACAUUACAAAAGAAUAAUACAGAUUAGUUAUGUGUGUGCCUAAAGAAUUACAUGCACAUUCAGUACCAAAUUUAUAUACUAAAUUUAAAUUUUUAAAAAAAUAAAAUUUUCAUUUAAAAGUUUAACUUUUCAUAUUAUGCGGUACACAAUGAUACGCCACAAUUCAGUACUUAGCACUGGUGUUCAUUUUCUUGACUUACACAUACUGACAUAGGCGCAGGGUAAUGGAAGAAAAAGGGGUGGGGAGUGGUUUAAGUUAUUUUUGAGUGCCACUAAAACCAAAAUAAGUCUGUUGUAUCUCUGCAUUUAACUUGCCAGUCUGCCCGCCAGAUUACAGUGCUGACUGCCCUAAUAUAACGACAAAAUUCUACAAAAUGGAAUUGUAAUGAUUAUCCCUACCCUUGAUUUAAGUUUUCAGUAUCUUGCAUUGUGUCAGUCUUUAAGGAGAUAUUUUUUAGCAUGCCAGAAGCAAAGGUGUAGGUAGAGGAGUGUUUUUCAACCAUAUUUCUGUGGUAGCAAUCUUUUUGUAGCCCAAAAAAUCCCAAGGCACACCAUGAUUCUGCCAACCACAAAUGCAUUGAAUCUAUACGUGCUAAACUGUCCAAAGGGGCAGGACAGGGGAUGGCAAGAAAA